AUGUAGGUCAUGUAAUGUGUUUGUUUUAUCUUGCUCUUUAGACUUGAUAUGUGGAUCAGUCACAUGAUUCACCUUUCCUUUGUUCCAACAGAAAUGGUCAUGAACUGUGGAUCAUUACUUUUUUUGGCUACAGUAUAUUUUUGCCAUUCACAAAAAUUCCCUUAAAAAUGUAAAAUCCGAAUUUUUAUGCCGGCAGAUUAUGCAAUUCUUUUGGUUUUCCCAAAAAAAUGUUCUCAUGUUUUUGGUGUUUGAGUUUACCAGGCGUGGUUAUUUGUGAAAUCUACAAAAAUAAAGUAAACCAAAAGAUGGCGGCCCGUAGUGUAUUAUAAUAAUUAAUAUCUUGAAUAAUAAGCCCAAUAAACCGUGCUAUUCAUUGUAGUUGUGAACAGCAUGUCCAACAAUCAGAACUCUUGCAACAGAUAGUAUCACCCAGAUUGUUCUUGAGUCAUUUGUCAAUAGAUACGAAUUAUGAAAUUAUGUUGUCAGAUUGAGUUUUCAUUCGACAUUUAUCUUGUAACAUGAGGAAAGCUUACAUUUACAACUAUGGACACAUAAAGCCGCUGCCUCCAAGUUGAAGUUGUUGUUAAGUUUUGCUGUUGGUAGUCUUCUGGGUGAUGUGUUUCUUCAUCUUCUUCCUGAGGCAUGGAUGCAUGUCAAGAAAGGUCAGGAACACCAGCAUGGAACCUCCAUUGGAUUAUGGGUAAUGUGCGGCAUCCUCACAUUCUUAAUCAUCGAAAAAAUAUUUCCUGCCAACUCGGAAGAGUUUGAAGAUAAUAUUGAGGAAGAAAUCCCUCGUCUCUCAGACAUGAAACAAGUGGAGGACAUAUCGGCGGAAGUCAACCAUAAUCAAAACAUCAUCCAAUCAAAAACAAGCACAAUUUCAAAUAAACUGCCAGGAAAUAAACAGACAGUAACAAAAGAGGACUAUCUCAAACACAGAUACUUGAAGUCAAAUAGCAUGAAGAGUAAAAGUAAAGAGGUGUUGAAUGGAGAGGGAGGGAAUGAUGAGGUGAUGGAAUAUGAUACAGGAGGCAAGAAGAAAAACAUGGAGGGGACGAUACAUGUCCGCGGUUAUCUCAAUCUCAUGGCAAACGUGAUUGAUAAUUUCACGCAUGGUCUGGCGGUGGGCGGGAGUUAUAUUGUCAGUACAAAGGUUGGCUUACUGACAACAUUUGCAAUCAUGGUGCAUGAGAUCCCACAUGAGGUCGGCGACUUUGCGAUCCUGUUACGAUCUGGGUUUGAUCGAUGGCAGGCUGCAAAAGCUCAGUUAUUUACAGCGUCUGGGUCACUGCUUGGUGCUAUUGUUGCAUUGACUGCAGAUUCUGUUGAGGCGGCCGGUGAUUCGACUGCUUGGAUUUUACCGUUCACAUCUGGAGGUUUCAUCUAUAUCGCAUUGGUGACUGUUGCCCCUGACUUGUUGAAAGAGAAGGACACUUGGGAAUCUUUCAAGCAAGUGAUGGGAGUUUGCCUUGGUGUGUGCACAAUGGCGUUCGUGACGAUCCUCUGUGGAUGAUGAAACAAUGGAUUGACUAUCAAUUUGAUUAUUAAGUGGGCUUCCAUGGAGCAGUCAAGAGAAAUGGGCUACCAAGUGGCUCAUCUUGUAUGAAUACAAGGCAUUGUUGAAUCGUUUCAAGCCAUUUAAUUUCAAGGUGCCACAAUAAAGUCACUAAUUUAAAAAAAAAUUUACAUGUAGAAAUGAAAUCUUUCAGGUUCUGAAUAGAUGGUUUAAUGUAAAUCCAAAAUCUAGGUACCAUCCUUUCUAAAGAAAGUAUUCACAAGCUUUCUAUUGAUUAGAUAGAAAUGGUUUUCAUAUCAAAAACAGUGAUCUCUUCAUAUGUUAAAAAUUUGACAUGUGAUUGGCUGAGAAACUUCCUCUUGCUGUUUACCGCAUUGACUGGAAUCUAUCUGAUGAAUUGUUCACAGAUGUCUAGAGGUCCUACUGGUUGUACCAUUGGAAGUUCUUGCAUUUCAUUUUGCCUCCAAGUCAUAAUAUGAUAGGAAGGGAAGGUAAAGGCCUUGGUGCUCUCUAUACUAUGAUAGGAAUGGUAGGUUUAGGACCUGCAGAUACUGAGUUUUAGUGCUUCCAAUCAAAAUAGGUCAAGUAUUCCUGUCCCAACAGUAGCUUUCAUCUUAGUUCUGUUCCUUUCUCACCCUCUUCCACUUGCCAACUUCUCAUAGGAACAGAGGGGCCUUCAUAUGGCUGGCUAGUUUCUAAUGUCUUCUGUGUGUAUAUAAGGAUAAACUGUUCAUUGGGACAUGGUCUGCUCAUAGGUGCUGUUAUUCAUUGUUAGCUUAUAAUCAAAUGUGAAUCAAUGUUGAACCAUUGAUUAACCUGAUUAGGAUUGUUUUUUGUCCACGACUGGUGCUGGUUGUUGGAGUGGUAUUAACCCUUUGGGUGCAGACAAAUGGUGGAAAUGUUGCCGGCUGUCUUUCUCCAGAUUGUUAUCCUUGGACCGUGUUGCUGCAGUCAGAGAUGAGGGGCACGACGUUGGGUGAAAAAGCUCCUUUGUCAUGCACCUAGUUUAGGCCGACUGCCAUAUCAUGUUACAGUGAGGGCUUCUUCAUGGUUUGGUGCUUGUCAGGCUCAUUUCCCUUUUCUAUUUAAAAUCACCUAAAUGGUCAGUAACGCUUCAUGUGUAGGAUGAGCAUAAUGUUUUAGGUGUAUGUCUCCACAAAGCAAGUCAUUAGUCAAGUAAAUUUGUUCUAUGCCCGGUUUGUGUUCUUAAGUUGAGGACCGAUGAUGCUAUACAAUUGUCCUGCUGGUUAUAGAUGGAUUUGUGAGAUGGGUGGUUUUCUUGAUGAUUAGAGCAUCAGGAUAAUGCUAUUACAAUGAUAUCUGCUAAACACCACUUAUGUUUGUUAUAUAAGGGAUUUGUAGUUCUUGAUGACAAGGGCUGUGUACAGGGUCAUCUGAGAACAAGAGUAAAAACUGAUAACUGGUUCAUACCUGUAUGUGGUCAUACUUUAUUUAGCAUGUAGGCCUACUCAUGUGAGGGGAGGGGAGUCAAGAAUUUGGCCAUCAUUUGUGUAUGCUGUACAUCUAUUUUCCUGUACAUUUUACUAUUUUUUGUGUACAAAGGGGGAGAGGUACUAAAAGCCCCCCAAAAAAGAAUAUGUGUAUGUACUUGAAAGUAUGGCCCCAAUUUGAAAGUGCUUGAUUAUGUACAUUUGAAAUUCUAUUUUAAGAGAGUGAAAUAAAUCCACUAAAUUUGAUCA